GUCAGUUUUAACCCCAUACCGAACUUCCAAGUUCCAAAGCCGGCGUACACCCCCACCCCCACAGUGGCAACGAAUACAGAAGCCGGCGCACCCUGACCUCGCAGAUUACCCCCGCCGCCCCGCGAUUUUACCGCGCUCAUACCGUCGGUUGCGGGCAUCCAUCGUAGCCUCGCCCAGGCGGAUUGCAGGAUUGGACCAGCGUUGGCGUUGAGGCGCGAGCGAACCCCUCCCUUUUCACCGACGCCGUGGAAUAUAGCAGACUGCACACUACACAGGAGCACCAAUGGAUCAGGGGAUGGAGCUGAGGGGAUGCGUUUGUCGGAUCAAGAGCUCCGCGCUUGAGCUUCUGUCCAUGGAAGAGGAUCUGGUGACUGAUCUGGAUGAUGAUCUGUGGGAUUUGGUCAGGAGGGAUCUCCAGCUCAAAGCCACCUUCCUGUACAUUGACCUGAGACGUGUGAUCGCCCAUAACGAGUGCGAGGAGCGCAGGGAGGAGAUCACCCUUCUCGCCAACAAUUUCUUCUACUUCAUGGAUGAGCUGGGUGACGCCGUGGCGAGCCGGAGCGUCUCGGUCGUGAAGGUGUGCUACGGCAACGCGGCUCGCACGCUCCGCGAGGUGGUCGCCGCCGUUGCGCCGAUGGCAGCAGCCUGAUGGGCUCACACCAUCACAUCGCCUGUCGGUGUCUGCUGCUUCUGAUAGAAGCACAAAAAGGAGGGAGGGCCGUGCCUGAAAAAACUGUUGCAGAAAAGAGGUCGAGAUGUACAUGUCACCGUGUAAGAAAUGUGGGCACUGCUACAUCGCCUGUGCACAUUCAUGGUGAGCGACCUGAAUGAAGCAAAGCUAGAAAAAUAUCAUGUGGUUUGUCCCCUUUUCGGCA